AGCUAUAAUGCCAUGAAAACUACGGGUUCUACAAUGGUUGUAACAAGGCUGGAAAAAAAACUGGCUGAGGGUCUUCUGAAUACGUUAGCGUUUUGUGGCCUAGUUGUGUUAAUUCAGAAAGGGAUAUUUCCAGCUCUCAURGYUCUUCCAAAAACUCUAAAUUCUGAAUACACAAUAGAUACGUCCUCCACUUUUAACCUUGAUUUAUAUCGACGAAGGGAAGAWAGUUUCUUGGCUCAUCGCUGGUUGUAUUUGUGUGGAUUGACAUCUUUAAGGGGAUUUUAUCGCUCUAGUCUCUUUCCUAAGUAUCCUGACGACUCUAUUGUUGCUCGYCAUCCGUCGCUUCGCUACUCUCACAGCAGUAGAGUAGGGGUAAGACUGAGUGGAUGCUUAAAAGUACCAAUGAGUGGCUUUUAUACAUUUAGUCUAAAUUCAACUGGCAUUUCAGAGCUAUGGCUAAAAUUCGACAACAAUAGCUUUCAGAAAAUUCUUAAAAGCAAACCUAUGACAAGUGAUGGUUUAUCAGCUCAUGAUAACAGGUUAAGUGAAAUCUUUAUGGAAGAAGAACGACCCUAUAGAUUUGAAGUUUUUCACGUCGGUGAAUUUGUCGAAGUUAUGUGGUUSCUGCCAGGUUCAAGGAGUUUUAGCGCCAUUGAGAGCAAAUACAUUUCUCAUGACGCAGGCAGUUACAGCCAUGAAGUAUUAGGCUUUAUUCUAGACAAAGAAAACAAUGCCUUUGAUUAUCAUACGCAAAUUGGACAAUACUACUUUGCCUCGUUUAUCCCAAAAUGGGUCAUAAACUCUGCUUUUCCUAGUUGUGAUAUUUUUUCAAAAGAAAAAAAGAGCAAAACAAGAUUUAAUGAUCCAAUAGAGGUCAAUUUGAAGACAUUGUAUGAAGAUUUUGCUGGAAAGAAGAACGAUUUGUGGAUGCAAUUUCCUGACAUCAAAAACAUCGUCCUCCUUUACAUGAAUGGACUAGAGAGAGUGUAUCCUUUAAAGUAUAAAAUAAGGAAAUUGUACAAAUUUGAAAAACUGAGCAACAACAAGAACGGGGGCCCACAUUACGUCAUUCAUUUGGAAUUUGAUGUAGAUGGACUUGAUUACAAACAGCGAGUCAUAGAAUACGUCUAUCRACCAAACUCUACGGUAUUAUGUCAACCCUUACACCUAAAGUGGCAUCGAGAUGCUGUUAUYAAUGUUAUAAUAGUAAUCAAAGGAGGACAAAAGGCUGUUAGAAGAUUCAUUGAGAUGAUUGAACGCGUCUUUGAAAAAACUCUAGAAGUGGAUUUUCAUCUUAUCGUAGUUAAAUAUGGUCGUUCAGGUGUUGAUGUCGACGCCCUACUGGCCAAAACAUCAUUACUCAAUAGGUACACUGUAGCUCAUAUCGAUGGYCCUUUCUCAAAAUCACGUGGGAUGAACAAAGGCGCAUCAUUGGCUAAAGGAGAUCACCAUGCUAUAAUUCUAACAUGUGAUGUGCAUAUGGAUAUUCCAGACACGUUUUUUGAAGACACUAGAACGCACACUAUUCAGGGGCAAAUGGUGUUUUCUCCUGUGAUUUUUCAACUCGAAUGUGGUGAAGAUCCCACCGCCUUUAACCCAAGAGGACAUUGGUGUUAUGAAAGCUACAGUAUCAUUGGAAUUUACAAGACUGAUUGGGAAAACAUCUCAGGAAUGGGCAGGAAACAUUUAGGACAAAAGCAAGACUGGAGUCUAAUCCAAAAAAUWAGAAAGUCUGGAUUAACAAUCGUGCGUCACACGUACCAACGUCUCUUCCGAUAUUACACUCCACAUCGAGAAGAAUUUUUCAAAGCGCACUCUUCUGUGCCMAUUGAUGYCGGGUAUUUGGAAARGGAUGACCACUAGUAGACUCCGGUGCUAUGAAAGAGCCUUCUUUAUCUUCUCUUCAAAUGUUGCUAAUAUCCCCAUAAYAGCAAUUCCUGUUAUAAGUCCAGCAUUUUGUAAGACUAUUAUUAAUCCUUUGUUCUCUGUGUGUGUCGAUGUUGAAUGUAGAAGCUCGGGUAACUAGUAAAAGAAAAACAUGAAUUUAGUUGCAGCUAAAACUAAUUAAUUUUUUUUUACUGUUUGUACUAAUAUUUAGCUUAACACGUUUGAGUUCAGAUUUUUUUAGAAUACUUUCUCAAAUAGCAGAAUUAAAUUAAGCCUGUACUGAUGAAUAAUAAAUUAAUUACAGUUACAAAG